AUGAUAUUAAUAAAUGUACUAGUUCUGAUUGGGUUUUUAUAUUUGUCAAAAUCUCAAAACCUUUUUAUGCCCAACUUGUCGUUGGGAGAAUAUCGUACAGUAUUUAAUCGAGUACAUCCCUGUGAAUUGACAAAAAACCAAACAUUUCAAUUUAAUGGUUAUUUCAGUAAAAAAUCUGCAAAUGUAACUGAAUUGAAAGGGAAUAUAACAUUAUGGAAAUCUCUUGAUGAUAGUUAUACACUAGAAGUAAACAUUGCGUCUUGGAGCUUAACCGGUGGUUGGAAACCAAAUUCAUAUGUUUACAUAACAAAAAAUGCAUGCAGCAAAAUGAAAUUUGUCCUAGGGAAUACAUGGGUUUCGUUAAUGAAAGCUUUUAACUUCCCAAAUGAUAGCUGUCCUAUGCCAGCGGGCACAUACAUUUCCUCCGGGCUUGACGUGAAGAAAUUAGAAGAUCACAAUUUUCCUAAAGUAUAUUUUUAUGGAAAAUAUAAAAUUGUAUAUAUGAUAAAAAAUGUAGAAAAUAAAAUGGUUGGCUGCAUUGCAUUCGAAAUGAAUCUUAUACGGCCGUGGGAAAAACCAAUUUGAUUACAUUAUACAAAAUUCUAAUAUAUAUCAUUAGUUAACAACUAAUUUGGUCACAUUAUACAAAAUACUCAUAAUAUAAUUAAUUUUGUAAUUACUUAUUGUUUGCGCCGACUGUAACUAUAAAAAUAUUUUUUAAUCUCAAAUCCUAAUAAUCCGGCUCUGUUCAAGGGGCCUUAUUAGAAGGGGGUCGACCUGGCUAGGCCGCCACUGGGCACAUAUGCCCUAGCUAGAUCUCCCCUCUAAUCUUUAUUAUUGUCCGUUUGCAUGUUUAUUUUAUAUUAACUUUGGAUCGUUAAUUAUUAUCAUCAUAUAUCACAUAAGUA